AUGCUUGAGACUGAACCCAAGCCUCAGCUUAAGCUUGAGCCAGAGCUAGAGCUAGAGCUAGAGCUAGAGCUAGAGCUAGAGCUAGAACUAGAGCUAGAGCUAGAGCUAGAGCUAGAACUAGAGCUAGAGCUAGAGCUAGAGCUAGAGCUAGAGCUAGAGCUAGAGCUAGAGCUGGCGCUGCUAGGGCCAGAGCCAGAGCCAGAGCCAAAGCCAGAGCCAGAGCCUGAGCCUGAGCCUGAGCCUGAACCUGAGCCUGAGCUUGAGCUUGAGCUUGAGCUUGAGCUUGAGCUUGAGCCAGAGCCAGAGCCUGAGCACGAGUCAGAGUCAGCGCCAGAGCCAGAGCCUGAGCCUGAGCCUGAGCCAGAACCAGAGCCAGAGCCAGAGCCAGAGCCAAAGCCUGAGCUUAAGCCCGAGCCCGAGCCCGAUCCAGAACCAAAGCCAGAUCACGAGACUGAACUUGAGCCUUAG